AUGUGCGUGGGACUCCGGACAGCAAUGACAGACUGGUGCGAGGGACAUGGGUGGUCCAGGGAGAGGCUGACAGGUACAAAACAGUUGGGCAAGGGCGUCGUCGCCUUCGUGCGGGCCACUUUGGGCUUUGAGCAAGAGAUUAUGCGACAAGCUUCUGAACGACUAUACGAAGCCGAAACAUCGGCCGCCAACGACCAAUCCCGGGCGCAGCAUAACUCUCACGCCCCCAAUGCCUUCCACUCCGAGAUCUAUGCUCCGGGUUCGGAGUACGCAUUGUGCCAGGCGAUUGCCCAGUUGAUGGGUGCCGUGGUGGGUGUGCUGAACGAGAGCCUGACGGAAAGUAUCAAGGCAUUCUAUCGUCUGCGAAAAGCCUACAUUGCAUUGGAUGCCAUUUUGAAAAUGGAAGAGAAAUUCAUGGAACAGAAGGACCCCAGUCGGGUUCUUCUCCCCAGCGCCGGCGAUGUUGUCAAGAAUAUUGGCCCUCAUGGCAAGUCGUCGGACAGCUCUGCCUCCUCCUCCAAAGGUGCCACCGCUGCCAGUAAAGCAGUCCCUGCAGAUGAGAAGGAUUUGUCCCGGUCUCUCUCAGGCUUGACUGUCACGUCGGAACCCGCCUCAAAUGAUUCGACUCGCUCCUCCACCCCGAGCGGGUCGAAUGUGAUCAACCACGACCCGGACUCCGACAUCUUCCAAAAUGAGAUCGAUGUCUUCGUCCACUCGGGUGCUAACUUCUGCUUCGGUAUCCUUCUGCUGCUGAUCUCUAUGGUCCCUCCCGCGUUUAGCAAACUGCUCUCUAUUAUUGGGUUCCACGGCGACAAGCAGCGGGGACUGCGAAUGCUCUGGCAGGCCAGCAAGUUCCAUAACCUAAUUGGCGGUAUGGCCGCGCUGGCUCUGCUGGGCUAUUACAAUGGUUUUGUCCGCUACUGCGAUAUUAUGCCCGAUCCGACCCCUGGCGAAGAUGAUGUAGAAGGAAUCCCUCAGGAAAGGCUAACGGCAUUGCUGGCGGAGAUGCGUCAUCGUUUCCCCAACAGUCAGCUGUGGCUGCUGGAGGAAUCCCGCAUGAGGGGUGCCAACAAGGAUAUGGAAGGAGCACUGGAACUUCUUAGUGGCAACGCCAAGAGUCCCCUCAAGCAGGUCGAGGCAUUGCGCAUCUUUGAAAAGAGCUUGAAUGCCUUGUUUCUGCAUAAGUAUGGGGUCUGCUCGGAGGCAUUCAUCGAGUGCGUCGAUCUCAACUCCUGGUCGCGUUCGCUCUAUUACUACAUUGCAGGCUCUUGCCAUGUCGUGUUGUACCGCGACAACAUCAGCGACCCUAAGAAAGCAGACGAGCAUGCAAAGAAAGCAACGGAAUACAUCCGCGCAGCUCCCGGCCAUGCUGGCAAGAAGCGCUUCAUGGCCCGCCAGCUCCCAUUCGAUGUCUUCGUCACCCGCAAGAUCGCGAAGUGGGAGGCCCGGGCGAAAGACUGGAACGUGCCACUUGUCGACGCUGUUGGAGUAGACCCGAUUGAGGAAAUGAUCUUCUUCUGGAACGGGCAUAGCCGCAUGACUCGCCUGCAGCUUGAGGAAUCCCUCACUCGCUUGGCCUGGUGCGAGAGCGAGGAAAAUAAGACAUGGUCCCGCGAAGGUGCCGAGGAGAAGGCGAUUCUGGAAUUGUUGCGUGCUGCAGUGUUCCGAUCCCUGCGAAAACAUGAGGAGGCCAAGCACAUCAUCAGAACGCGUGUCUUGAAUCAUGACAAAUCCAUUUUCAAGGGGCACUUGAAGGAUGACUGGGUCCACCCCGUGGCGCACUUUGAAAUGGCGGCGAACAUUUGGAUGGAGCGCCCGACCUAUCAAGAGCUCCACGGUUCUCCUGAGGCGCCUGAGAAGUCCGACGAGGCCUCGACUGGAUCUGGUAGCUUCAAGGAGGGGCAGUCCGAUGAGAGGCAGCAGGUAAAGGAGUGCAAGGAGUACUUGGACGCCGCCGCCCGGUGGGAGAGCUACGAGUUAGAUGCUCGCAUUGGACUGAAGGUGACCGCUGCCAUGGAGGCUGUGCAAAAGUGGGAGAAAAUGCAUCCGCAAUAA